UGGCAGCACCUGACCUUCUUGACCCGAAGUCUGCUGCCCACAACUCCAAACCUCGCCUCUCGUUCUCCGCCAAAUCGGUAGUGCUGAACACCCCAGACUAUGAUGACGAGUGUGACACCCGGACUACAGUCAUGAGGUGGAAAACUGUGUCAGCCAUCUUCUUCUUGGUGGUGCUUUACCUCAUUGUUGGGGCGACGGUGUUCAGGGCACUAGAGCAGCCUCAUGAGAGUUCCCAAAAGCUGGCCAUUCUUGCAGAAAAACUGGACUUCUUGGCCACACACACCUGCGUAAACUCCUCUGAGCUGGAGGAUUUGGUCAAGCAAGUGGUUUCAGCUGUCCGAGCAGGUGUGAACCCUUCAGGAAAUUCAUCCAAUCAGUCGAGCCUCUGGGACAUCAGUUCCUCUUUUUUCUUUGCUGGGACUGUUAUCACGACUAUCGGAUUUGGGAACAUCUCUCCUCACACAGAAGGCGGGCGGAUCUUCUGCAUCAUUUACGCUCUGCUGGGGAUUCCCUUAUUUGGAUUCUUAUUGGCUGGUGUCGGGGACCAGUUGGGGACCAUAUUUGGGAAGGGCAUCGCCAAAGUGGAGAAGAUGAUUGUGAAGUGGAAAGUCAGCCAGACGAAGAUCCGCGUCUUCUCCACGCUGCUCUUCAUCCUGUUCGGGUGCCUCAUUUUCGUGGCCCUGCCAGCUGUCAUCUUCAAGCACAUCGAAGGCUGGAGCACGCUCGAGUCCAUCUACUUUGUCGUCAUCACCCUCACCACGAUCGGCUUUGGAGACUUUGUCGCUGGCGAAAAAGGUGGGUCUGCAGGUGGGUCAGAAAGUCCAGAGUAUCUGGACUACUACAAGCCUGUGGUGUGGUUCUGGAUCCUGGUGGGCCUGGCGUACUUUGCUGCUGUGCUCAGCAUGAUUGGAGACUGGUUCCGGGUCAUCUCCAAAAAAACUAAAGAGGAGGUCGGGGAGUUUCGGGCUCACGCAGCCGAGUGGACAGCAAAUGUGUCAGCUGAGUUCAAAGAGACCCGGCGGCGGCUCAGCGUUGACAUCUAUGACAAGUUCCAGCGUGCUGCAUCCAUCAAGCGCAAGCUGUCAUCCGAGCUGGGUAUUAACACAGCCAUCAACCAGGAAAUGACCCCUAGCAAGAGGACGCUGUCGGCCAACCUGUAUGAGGACAGAGAGGCUUACCCCAACUUAACUCUCUCCCUCAGUCCUGUCACAGGGGCCCUGUCCAGGAAUGGCAGUCUCUAUCUGAACGGCCUCAGCCCAGACUACGCUGACAGGCGAGAGAUCGCCAUCAUCGAAAAUCUAAAAUGAGCGUGAAAAUAAGAUUCGGGGAGUUUUUAACACAACUGGUAGUGGACAGAGCUUACAAAGACAUACACACUUUUGUGCUUAUUGACUGAACAUCUGUGACAAGGUACCCAUGUGCAUUCACUAAGUGGAUUGUGUUUCAAUCAUUGAUUGAAAACCUUUAGAGUGACUUCAACACAAGUCAAUGUGUCAAGCUCCGUACAUUCAAAUGUGUGUCUAACGCUCACACAAGAACUUAAAGUGUGUGUACUCAAAAGUUCCAUUUAUUCUAGAAGGAAUCUGACUUCCUUUCAUUAUGUCCGUGCCAACAUGAUCGAAAGCUGUGCUAGUGAUUAAGCCAAAUCAGGAGCAUGCUCCAGACUGGAACUAUUGAUUGUAUCAUAGGCAUGAGUUUUACAAACUUCUCUUAUAAGCAGGAAGGAAAUGAAAGCCCAUAUUGAGGUAGCAACACACUGGACAUCUUCUCACAUACCCACACAAAAGCCUGUAAACACACAGAAAUUAAUACAUUCAUCAAACUUAGAAGCAAUAGAAGUGUCUCUGCUUAUCUCUUGUUGAAUUUCCAGAGGCCCUGAAAUCUGCAUCAGAUAAAGAGGAUCCUCACUGCUUAAAACACUCCAUAAUCAACAACGGACACUGGUUCCUGACGAGGCAGCAGUCCUGUGCAAACACAAAGGAAUGUGGAUUUUUUUUUUUUUGUUUACACUUCUUCCAGUAUGAAGUAUAUGGCUAGCAUUUGCUGGCUGGUCUGCCCUUGCUAUAGAGACGAAUGUUGACAUUUUUGCUCCUCCAUGAGUGACGUUUAGCUUUUCAUCUUAAGGAAUAAUCCACUUGUGCCUUACUGAAAAAUCACACUGAACAUGUGAGGAUGGUGAUGCAUGAAAGACCCAGAAGCGCUUUGUCUGUCCGUUCAUACUUCUUGUAUAUGAGCACAGUUGUAAUCAAGACAUAUAUAUAUAGGAGGUAUCUUGGAAAAACUGUAUGAAGAAGAGCAAAUGAAAAGAGAGUAGAUGGACACCCUUUUAACUAAUAUUAUCUAACCAAUUUUUAAGAGGAAUCUACCGAAUGCAGGCAACUGAGUGGAGAAACCGUUUCUUCAGAUAAGAUUAGCAACUGGGAAAAUGUUACCUCUUGUUGGCCAGUGUGAAUUAGCCAUUUACUACCAGUCUUAAAGAGCUGAGAUAGUUACAUUAAACACACAGUGCCAGGCCCACUGAUCAGACACUAUUCUCACCGAUACCAAAGUAAUGAUCCUGUUUUUCUGACUGAGGAAUCAGAGAGGUAUCCAGUCUGAUCAAAGGAUUAGGAGUGCUGUUCUGCAGGUUUCUAGAAAUUGAAAACACUGUUAUGUUUUUUUCAUGAGAAUGGAACAUAGAGCUUGGUGCAUAAAUAUAGUCUUUUUUUUUUUAUCCAACUAAAGAAUAAAUCUCCGGCAUGUAUGGUACUGUAGCAAUGAAAGCUCUGUGGCUGUGAAGAGCAUACAGUAUAUUUUCCUUACUGCUUUUCAUAAUGUUGCAGCUCUCAUCACUACCAUCAGAUUUAAAGUUAAAGGGAAUAUUUCCUCAGCUGACAAAGAUGAUGUCUUUUAUGUCUUGUCAAUAAUGAAUGUACACCAUCAGAAACCUCUAUUUAGUGUUUCACUGCAGCGACUAAAUUAUCAAGAUUUUAGAGAUCUGUGAUUUGCAUCACACUGAAAUAGAAGCAGCAUCAAAUUAAAUAAAGACCUCCCUGCAGCUGAUUUGAUGUUGAUUGAAGAUUAUGAAGAUAGGAAUGUCAUGUGGGACAGCUGAUAUUUCACUUAUUCUCUUGCAUUGCUUGAAUAUACAUUUUGUGUUCGCAUUUUAAGCAGGACCAUUUUUAAAUUCAGGAUACUUUUGCAAGGACGAGAAUGGGUUGGUUUUGAUGACAUUACACAAGGAUAUUUUAGGUUCUGGUGUCUCCCAGUUAAAUGGUUUGGAUUGUGUGUCUUAUUUUAUGGUGUUAUUCAGUGCUUUUAUCCAGCGAGAUAUGCUGUAAUCUUCUAAAUACAUUUGAUAGUGCUAUUUACAGUUUGUAGCAUUAAAAUACAUUUACAAUACAGUGUGACUUACAAGACAUUAUGCCAUAUGUGGCAAACCAUGUCUGCUAUACCAAAUGUCUAUAAUUUAUGGGUAAUCAGUAGAAAAGAUUAAGUUUUGUUUUAAAAUGACUGGAUUUGUACAGUACAUUUGACAACUUGACAUCCUGUAUGAUUUGAAUCUUUAACUGAAAGGUAGGAACUGGUUGCACAAGCCUCUUUAUAACUUAAGUCAUUAGGUGGAGAUUUAUACUGUACAUCAUUAAAACAAAAACACAAAGAUAAACAAACUCACUCUUACAUAGUCUAAACAAACUAACAGAACUUGAUAAUAUAUCACCCAUUUAGGAUGAAGACUUAAAGAGGUGAAGAACUAUGGUCAGUGCAUCUGACCCUACACUUAGCAGCCUAUUGAUGAUUUUAAAUUACAUUUCACGAAAAUAGCAUAAUGUAUCUCAAAUUAAAAACUAUGCUAGUAGUUUGACUAAAUAACGAAAUAAUAGAAUAGGAUAAUCUGAUAUUUCCCGACUGAUUCUAAAUCGCAUGAAUGUGCUACUGAUUCAAAAACAAAUAUCUUCCUGUAUGCAUAUAUAAUACCUACAUUUACAAAGAUUUUUGGUUAGAGACCAUUACAGAUGUAUCAACCGACUUUAACCAAAGUCUUAACUAAGAUAUUCCAAAUCAAGUGUGAAACUACUUAGCAGUUACUAGGAAAUUAAAGAUUUUACACACAAACUUGGCAGUAAGUUGACAAAUAGCUGGCGCAACUUACUCUAGGACAGUAUUAGUAGUUUGCUCUCUUUUUCCUGUUCUGAAUCUCCUGGUUUUCUUGAAAGUGUGCACACUGGUUUGUGAAGAGCCUGACUGACUGUACUGUAAGGCUGUCAUGUGUAAUCAAGUCAAAGAGGAGUCAUAAAGAGGUUGAAAGGAUAGGAGACUUCCUUUAACACAUGGUUGGGUUUCUAAAAAUACCCUUAUGUUCUUAUUCUUCUUCUUCUUCUUCUUCGUGUUUAUAAAAAGCAAUCAAUAGCAUCAAAACACUUACUGUAUGUUGUACUGACUUGCAAUACACUGAAAGAAAGACUACUAGUACAUUAGUGCUGAGUUGCCUGGGGGAAAGCAAUCUAAGUCUUAGUGCAUCUGCUCAAAGCAAAGCCCCCAAAGGCGUCCUAUUGCUUUUUCCCAGUCAGUCGUGUGAUUGACAGCCACUGAGGAGAGCUGUCAGUACUGAAGAAAGUCAAGGAGUGCUGUCGAAGGAGCAUUAUGUAAUAUGUCAGGCCAUCCAAGGCCACAUGUGAGGAUACGUGUGCAUGAGUUCACAGUAAGUGUGAAUGGACAUGUGAAUGUGUGCGUGUGUUAAGUUUUGAGAAAAUCCAUUUCAUUUCCACCCACAAAAGCAUUUUCACAUGGUAUCUUCUUUUCCCAAGGUGAUAGUUUUUAAUUAAGUCUGUGCCGCAUAAAAAUCCCAGUUCAAGCAUGUUGAAUGUAUCUUUCCAUUCAUGACGGCAGAGAUGAGACUCAUUAUGAAUGUAAGCACACGAUUUAACGUUGUGAUUUAUGUAUGAAAAGAAGCUAAAUUAGCUCAGUGGGUAUGCUGUGAAAACAACUGCAGACUUUUUAAAGCCAGCUGCCCUGGAUUAUUAAUAAAAAAUACAAUGCCAUACAAACAUGAUUAUGUACCAAUCAUAGUCAUAAUGAUCAUAACAGUAGAUAACAGUUUCAGAAAAUAUAUAUUCAUAAUGAAAAUAUGCAUACAAGAUCCAUUUUUCAUAAUCCACAACUUUGGUUUGGAUUUGGUCAACUCCUUAAAAUUUAUGCAUGAAAAUGUUCUAAAUGAGACCCAUUAUGUCAAAGCAAACUGAAUUAGCUUAUUCUGUUUUUUUAUUUUAAUUCCCAAUGAGCCCACCUGUACAAUUUUGCCAAUAAAAACAUGGGGGGGGGGUUACACACAUGCACAUUUAAAAAACAUGGUCUCAACCAAGUGUUGCAUGCUACUUUAAAUGUUACUUCCAGAUGUUUAAAGAUAAGAUGUGUCUAUAAUCACAGGCUUUGCUUUGAUUUUAAUAACAGUAUGGCGACAAUGUGUUUCCAGUAUGUUAAUAUGUUAAUGUGGGUAUGUCACCUCAACCCAUGACAACUUUUCAAAAGGUUUAGAAUAAAAUAUUUUAUA